AUUUGUCAUUCUUCUCACCAACAACCCGAGUCUUUCAAACUAAAAGCACACCAUUAUGGGCCUCAUCAAGACCGGGUUGACUCUAGCUGGUGGCUACGCCCUUAUUAAGGCUGCGUCGAAGGCCGUGAAUGACCACGAAGAUAAAAAGCAAAGGCGCACAAACCAGUCUCAAAACCAGCCUCAACAAGGCAACAUGCAAGAAAACCAGAUGUACCAUCAUUCUUCCCAACCUCAAUAUCACCACGGGAAUCACAACGCCCACAAUAUCCGAGACAACCAAAGAGGCUUUGAAAACCCAAUCAACCAGUCUCCUCCUCCGUAUCACCAGGCUGGAUCUGCACAAGAAUACUAUUCUGGAAAGAAGCUAUGAGUAUGUCACGAAGUUCGGUGAAAUUGUGCAUGAGAAGGUUCACCUUUAUCAUAUUCGGUGGAUUUGGAGUGUGGAUUUCUGAUUUUGAUGGAGGGCGUUAAAGGGAGCGGC